GUGACAUCCUGUGAGAUCCUGUGGCCGCCCGGUCUUUACGGCAUUGAAUCCCCUCCCUCUCCUCCGUCCCCCUCCCAGCAGUUUCCUGGCUGAAAAGCGCAGGCUCCCUGCUCCCCCAGCAGAAUGACUGUAGCCACUGGUGACCCCUCUGACGAGGCGGCAGCGCACCCGGGGAACCCGGCUGAGUACGACCCUGACGCUGACCACGAGUGCUGCGAGAGAGUGGUCAUCAACAUCUCUGGGCUGCGUUUUGAGACACAGCUUAAAACCCUCUCCCAGUUCCCCGACACUCUGCUGGGGGACCCCAAAAAGAGGAUGCGCUACUUCGACCCACUGAGGAACGAGUAUUUCUUCGACCGGAGCCGCACCAGCUUUGAUGCCAUUCUCUAUUUUUACCAGUCAGGAGGGAGGCUACGGCGGCCGGCCAAUGUGACCCUCGAUAUUUUCUCAGAGGAGAUCCGUUUCUAUGAGCUGGGGGAUGAGGCCAUUGAGCUCUUCAGAGAGGAUGAGGGUUUCGUCAAGGAGGAAGAGAGGCCACUUCCUGACAAUGAGUUUCAGAGGCAAGUGUGGCUGCUCUUUGAGUACCCAGAGAGCUCAGGUCCCGCUAGGAUUAUCGCUAUCAUCUCCGUCAUGGUCAUCCUCAUCUCUAUCGUAAGCUUCUGCCUGGAAACCCUGCCCAUCUUCCGCAACGACGACGACGAACCGCACAGUGUCUUUGACACCAAUACCAACACCACAAUCUACUUCACGUCCACCUACUUCACCGACCCAUUCUUCAUCCUGGAGACGCUCUGCAUCAUCUGGUUCUCCUUUGAGUUCCUGGUGCGCUUGUUCGCCUGCCCCAGCAAAUCGGGCUUUUUUGGUAACGUCAUGAACAUCAUUGACGUUGUUGCCAUCAUCCCUUACUUCAUCACCCUGGCCACAGAGCUGGCUGAGAAACCAGAGGAUGGCCAGGCGGGUCAGCAAGCCAUGUCCCUGGCGAUUCUCAGGGUCAUCCGUCUAGUGCGAGUCUUCCGAAUUUUCAAGCUCUCGCGACACUCCAAGGGGCUUCAGAUCCUGGGCCAAACCCUGAAAGCUAGUAUGAGGGAGCUCGGUCUGCUGAUCUUCUUCCUCUUUAUUGGAGUCAUACUUUUCUCCAGUGCUGUCUACUUUGCGGAAGCUGAUGAGCCCGAAUCGCAAUUUGAAAGCAUCCCAGACGCCUUCUGGUGGGCUGUUGUCUCCAUGACGACAGUAGGGUAUGGUGACAUGGUUCCGACCACCAUUGGUGGCAAGAUUGUGGGCUCCCUCUGUGCCAUUGCAGGUGUGCUGACAAUUGCCUUGCCCGUGCCUGUCAUUGUUUCCAACUUCAACUACUUCUACCACCGUGAGACAGAGGGCGAGGAGCAGGCCCAGUGUCUAGGCCCAGUCACCAAAGAGGACUCGAAUGAAGAGCUGAAAAAGAGCCGGAGCGGCUCAACCAUCAGUAAAUCAGACUACAUGGAGAUCCAGGAAGGGGUGAACAACAGUAUUGAGGACAUCCCUGAAGAGAACCUCAAGACUCAGGCCAACUGCACAACGUUGGCCAACACAAACUAUGUCAACAUCACCAAAAUGCUCACAGACGUGUAGCCAGCCGGCAGGCAUUGUCCUCUCGGUGAGGUUGAGGGGUCAAAGGAUAGGACAGGUGUGUAGCCUCCUUUUUCACAUGUGCUGCUGGAAUAUCAAGGCAAUAGAUUCAGGACGUAUACCUGUACUCGUCUCUUGUGAGUGGUGAGAAACACCAGAGACCAUGUGCUCACUCCUCCCCUAACUCCCCCUGUUAGCUCGUCACACCUUGCCCUCAAACUGACCUUCUGUCAGAUUUAAAAUCUUAUAAUCCACAUUUUGCUUGUUGAUGUCUGCAUGGAGUUGGGUUUGUCAGUGUGACUUUUUCAAAUAACCUGUUCACAACAGUAGUACAAAAAAGAGGAGAAAUGUAGUUAAAAAAAGGGGGAAUUUAUAGUUUCCAGAAUAACCACACCACCAACACUGCUUCAGCCCCCCUGUGCCGGCCCCUACCCUGGCCUCCCUUCAUUGCUAAAGGCACACUGCGCUUCUGAAGAGUCUUGUUUGCGUGUUACAAUAUGCUGCUUCCUGGAGCAAGCGAAACAAACCCGUUCUGUGGUGAACUACUUGGAGAUUACAGAACGUGUGAGCAUUAAGCAAGCGUGCUGCGCUGCUGAGGCCUGUCAUGACCUGAGUCUGAGGAGUGUGAUACUGUAGUAGCAGUCCACACGUUUUACGGGAUAUCAGCUCCAGAAGCUUAUGAUGGUUUGACUUAUUUUCUUCAGUAGACAUCAGUAUCUGAUGAAUGACUGAGAAUGUCCUUGACUUUUCACUGCUUUAGUCUUACAUGAUGUAUGUGUUUACUGUACAUUGCAAUGCAAGCAUCCCUCCUCCACUCACCUGCAUCAGUCUGAACCAGUCUUACUGCAGCUUUGAGGACAAAGUGAAUGUCUCUUCCUCUUUCAUAAAAAAAAGAAGUGUACUCAUUUACAUACAGAUAGGUAAGUAGUUGUGACUGUAACCGAUACAGUAGCUAGAUACGGUAGGUAAUGUAGGUAGUAACUGUAGCCAGUUGAUUGUUGCAUGGAGUUCUUAACUGAAUGAGUGUUCUCACUCACACAACUAUCAUUGCUCCAAAGACACAGUUUAUUGUCUUGCUCUCUAUAACCUUCUAUCAUACAUGUGAAGGGUUGACUAUAAAGUGGGUAUCAUACAUGUAAGUAUUCACCCCCCAUGGAUUUUCUCACAUUUUGUUGCCUUACAAAGUGGGAUUGAAAUAGAAUUCAUUGUGAUUUUUUUAGCCAAUGAUCGCCAUAAAAUACUCCAGAAUGUCAGAGUAAAAAAAAAACAUUUAAACACAAUUUGACAAAGUAUUCACUCCUUUUGUUUACUCAAGCCUAAAUGAGUUCAGGAGUAACAUUUGUCUUAACAAAUCACAUAAUCAUUUACAUGGACUCACUCUGUGUGAAAUUAUAGGGGUUGACAUGACAUUUGAAUAACUACCCCUUCCUCUGUCCCCCAUAUAUACAACAUCUGUAACUUCCCUCAGUCAAGUAUUGAACCUCGAGCACAGAUUCAACUACAAAGACCAGGGAGAUUUUCAGAAACCUCAUAAAGAAGGACAGGGAUUGGUAGAUGGGUAACAAUAACAAAGUAGACAUUGAAUAUCUCUGUAAGCAUGGUCAAGUGAAUAAUUCUGCUGUUAGAUUAGGUAUUCAAUCACCUAGACACGUCAAACAUACAAUCGUCCUUCUAGACUGAGCUGCAGGGCAGGAAGGAAACUGCUCAGGGAUGUCACCCUGAGGCCAUUGGUGAUUUUUUAAAACGGCUACGGAGUUCAAUGGCUAUGAUGGGAGAGAACUGAUCAACAACAUUGUAGUGACUGCACAAAAAUGACUUAAAAAGAAGAAUCCACAUUUUCAGAAUAUAAAUAUUCCAAAACAUGCAUCAUGUAUGCAACAAGGCACUACAUUAAUACAGAAAGAAAACAUGUUUGGGGAAAAUCCAACAGAACACAUCACUGGCUGCAUCAUGGUAUGGGUAUGAGUUUUUCAGGAGAAAAAUAAGUGGGAUGAAGCUAAUCACUGGCAAAAUCCUAGAGAUGAAUUCACCUUUCAGCAGGACAAUAAACAACAACACAAGUGCAAAUCUUACACUGGAGUUGCAUACCAAGAAGACAGUGAAUGUUCUUAGUGGCCAAGUUACAGUUUGACUUAAAUCUGCUUGAAAAUCUAUGGCAGUACUUGAAAAUUGCAGUCUAGCCAUGAUCCCCAACACCUUGACAAAGCUUGAAUGAUUUUGAAAAUAAUAAUGGACAAAUGUUGCACAAUCCAGGUGUACAAAGAUCCCAGAGACUUACCCAGAAAGACUCAUCGCUGCCAAUGGUGUUUCAAACAUGUGUUGACUCGGGGUGAAUACUUGACUAAUCAAAGUACUGUAUAUUAGUGCUUUAUUUUUCAUUCAUCUUUAAAACAUUUUGGAACUUUUCUUCCACUUUGACAUUACAGAGUAUUUGGUGUCGAUCGUUGACAACAACAAAUGACAAAAAAAUUAUAUCUAUUUUAUUCCCACUUUGUAACACAAUCAAAUGUGAAGAAAUCCAAGGGGGUGAAUACUUAUGUUAGGUUAUUAUCUAACAAGUUACAAGGGUGUCUAAAAGGUUACCAUGCCCCAAACCGGCCCUAUAGUUUGGAGGAUAUUGUGUUCCUGACAUUUGCCCCAAAUAUAACAUUCCAGCCACACCGCUGAGCUGAAAACAUAGAGGUGUUUAUAUACCGCAGUCAUUGCAGCUGAGCUUUAAUUUGAGGCAAAAUGCAUUAGUUAAUUACUUACAGUACUCAUGCAGUUUAGUUGCAGCAUUAAUCUCAGUUACAGACAGACUUGUGUGGCCUUGCCUCACGGCUGUCUUGUACAACUGUGUCCAUCGUGUCUUCACGAUGAGCUAUUGGCACAGCUAAUGGGACAUGUAUAAAAUGAUGCUUCCUCCCUAAACUGCGGUCAAUACAAGAAGGCUAACUGAAUGCUAACUCUCCUAGUGUUGCAUGACCUCAAUACAUUCACAGAAGCAUGUAUUUAAGUUCAAGGAAACCUGUGAAAAAACCUACGAAAACUAUUUAAUAGGAUACCUAUAUUUAUCUCAAUAUACACUUACGUACUUUUAAAUGUGAUAACAAAGCAAUCUGGAACGUAUAAGAAGGGGAAUUGACAUUCAGCUGACGAUUUAGAGAUGAGGAUGACCAUGACGGAGAUGAUAGCGUUAAUCCGAUAAUCCUUGAAGAUAUGCAGAUCGUUGCUAUGUUUGCUUUAUGAUAUGAACAAUGACACUUGUUAUUUCGAGCACUGUUGGGGUAGCCCCAUUUCAGGGACUGUCUGUUGGACAGAGUGCCAAAGACAUGCAUGCGUGUAAUACCCUAGCCAUUUGGCAGGACAAAUGGAGGUACAGUAGUAUAUCUGUGGUAGAUGCAUCCCUCAAUCCCAAAAUAUGAGCGCUAUCUCAAUUCUGUCCUCGUACUCGAAGGAGAGAUGGUUUAUAUAUUGCCAACAGCUGAAGUAUGUAGCUGUGCAGCAACUCUUAACUACACAGUUCUAGGUCUCUCAUGACAUUGCUGAGUCUGCUGCCUUUCUACAUCUUUUUCAUAGUGGUCUUUAGGGCACAUGAGAGUAAUAGCUGUUUCGCCAGUGCAAAUUACAUGGUAAAUGGAUUCAGUCUUAUUUACCCUUUGGUAAUAUUGGUUUGACUCUUAAUGUCUAAGGUGUUUCUAAUGUGUCUGAUCUGUCGGAGGGGAUGAGAAAGACCCGUUUACGUUUUUAGGCCUAAAUGUCUACUACCAUUGCCGCAGUUUGCACUCAGGGUGCCUCGCUAGAUAGACAGAAGUGAGGUUCCUAUCUCCUGGUUCCUCCCUCUGCCCUUACCAUGUUCCUUUCCUGUCUUGUGUCUUCAAUUGAAAUGAAACGCAUUGGAAAGGAACUUGACUCUGACAAUAAUAUGGGUCUGGAACCCUGCUUGUUGAUGCUUCCAUUUAAAAUUAUAACAACAUGAUGUUAUUGUGUUCUUACUGUAACACACUUCCCCUCUAAUGCACCACCUUGUCCACAACACACAUCCUAUACAUUAACUGUACAUGAUGUGACUAUGUAGGUACACAAUUAUGUGGUGUGUGUGUGUGUGUGUGUGUGUGUGUGUGUGUGUGUGUGUGUGUGUGUGUGUGUGUGUGUGUGUGUGUGUGUGUGUGGAGCCCACCUCUGAAUGUCAGUGUCUUAGCUUGGUUGUACUGCUGCAUUAAAGUGACAGUGUGCAACCAUUCA